CUCGAGGACACAACGCGUUAAAUAUUUUUUUAUUAAUAAUAUAAUAAAAUGAAAUUUUCACUGCUCCUACCGCUUGCUUUAAUUUUCGUGUCACAAGUUCAUAGUGAAAAUAGUACUAUUGAAAAUAAUGGAGUGAGAGAUAAAAGGCAAUGGUUUUGGCCCGGUCCUCCAGAAGAAACAACUCCUACGUUCGUUCUUUACAAGGCUACAACCCAGAAACCUAAACCCCAAAAACCUACAAAUAAUCAAAACUCUAAACUGACCGACCCAUGUGCGAUAGUCGAACCGGUCAAGCCAAAUUUUUCUAAGCCAGGAAGAAGAAUCAGCGAAGAAAAAUGUUUAGAAUAUAUCUGGUCAAUAAAGAACAUAGAGGAUACGAAGAAGAGAAAGGCUGAAUGUAACAAGAAAAAACUUGAAGCGGGCGAGGAAAUUCCUCAAUUGUUUACUACACAGGCGAUAGGUGGACGAGAUACUGUCAUAGGAGAAUUCCCACAUAUGGGUGCAGUUGGAUGGAGAGGAGUCUCCGGGGGCUGGAUUUUCAAAUGUGGUGCCUCGCUGAUAAGCCCCAAAUUUAUGAUAACAGCUGCUCACUGUUCAAAAACUCCUCCAGACACCGAAGUAGCGAAUAGAGUACCAGAAAUCGUUCGGCUGGGCGAUAAAAAUAUUAUAGAUUCGUUCGACAAUGGAGUAGAGCCAAUUGAUGCCAAAAUACAGAAGAUUAUUACUCAUCCACAGUAUAAGGCUCCAAACAAAUACUACGACAUAGCUAUCAUAGAACUGACUAAAGAAGAAAGGUUUGCGAAGCUGAUUCAGCCCGCGUGUCUAUGGACUGCCUUCAAUACUGCCACACUUGGCAGACAAGCAACACUUACCGGAUGGGGAGUCAUAGAUACAGCUGGUAAAACCACAUCUCCAGAGCUACAGGCAGCUGAUGUAGAUGUCAUAGAUUCAAGUCAUUGCGACAGGUUGCUGAAGCCUUACUGCAACCGUCUGUGGUGCGGAGUCCAGAAUACUCAGAUUUGUGCGGGAAAGCUGAAAGGUGGCGUAGACGCAUGCCAGGGCGACUCAGGAGGACCGCUGCAAGUGAAAAUUUCAUUGCCGUUUGAGACUGAGUACAAUAUGCACUAUUUGAUCGGCGUGACGUCCUUCGGGAUUGGAUGUGCCAAACCAAAUCUGCCUGGAAUAUAUACACGCGUGUCCAGCUUCGUCGACUGGAUCGAGGGCGUCGUGUGGCAACAGUGAUUUUAUUAUUUCUAGGAUUUAUCACUGCAAUGUAUUCACGCUAGAGGCAGCAGUAGUGUAGACAGUAAACAAAGAGUUUUGUUCGACGUUUCUGUCAAUAUAUGACGUUUGCAAUAUUAUGUUGGAUUUUGUCCAGAUUAUAUUCUACUGUAUGUGCUAGUAGCGCAGCGCCCUCUACAAACCUUUUACUAUCAGAGAA